GCUCUUCCCGAGCAUCCAUCAUAUCACGAAGAGAUCGACGAAUUGGAGGAAGACGAUGCGCAUCUUUCUGCCUACCCAUCCUAUCCUCUCCCCUCCCCCGUCUACCCUACAGGCGCCGCUCCCACCCCCCGCCGCCGAUCCUACGUCCCCACCUCUGCCCGUGCGGCCCAACUUGAAGAACGUGCUUCCCGCUCAACAGGCAUAGUCAAAGUUGCCGACGCGAGGUGUAAGCGGUGCAUUGCCCGGGGCAUCCCGGAAUGCACGAUCUACAAGUCUACUCGUACGCCAAAUAACGGGCGGGUCGCGUGCCACAUGUGCCAGAAGAUGAAGGUGAAAUGCGAGUGGGAACGGAAUCCGAAUGAUACACUUUCCACCGCCGUGAGGGAAGGUCCGAUGCUCCCUCCGGGCAUGGAGAUGUCGAGCUUGCAAGCGGAGCAGAUGGACAUGCGGGAGCGGGAGCGGGAGCUGGAGCCUACAGCGACACUGGGCUCCCAGGGAUACGACCAAAAGCCCAACCGGAUCUGGGAGAGAGAUUACGAGCCCACCGCGAGGAAUAUGCAUUCUCAUCAUGCGCAUCCGCACUCGCACAUGCAAGACUUGCCACAUCCCCAUUCAAACGAACUCGACCGCUCCGAUAUUGGACUCCCACUUCCCCUUCCCCUUCCCCUUCCUCUACCACUGCCGAUGCCUAUGACACUCCCUCUACCAAUUCCCAUGCAAAUGCCGGAGGACCGCUACCCCGAGACGGUGUCCAACUCGGCCUCUGUCUCCUCAGGCUCUGCAAGUGCGAGCUCAUUCUCUACUGAAGGCACACCCUCCUUCGGCUUGGAACAAGAAGACAUCAAGCCUCUUACUGUGUUAUCUUCGGCCCCGCAGGGGGGACAGGGGAGCACAAUGGUCGUACCCCAACCGCCGCUGGCGCAAGUACAGGAGAUGGGGUUGGGGUUGGGAGUGCCUGCGGCUGGUGCGGCGGGAACGGGGGAGAGGACGAGUCCGGGAGGGAAGAAGCGGAGAGGGCCAAAACCGCCUAUGACGCAGGUCAUUAGGAGGGUUGCUGUGAUCAAGACUGGGGCAGCGAGGUGCGACUACUGCCAGAAGAAGAAGUGGGAUAAGUGUACCAUCUCCACUACGGCGAUGAAGGCUUGCCAGGCCUGUCAUCGGAUGAAACAGCGCUGUCAGUGGAGCUUGUCUGUCGGCGUCGGGGCGGAUAAAGGCAUGACGGAGGAGGUCAAGGUGGAGCUGGAUGAGCCUGUGUAUGCGCAGUAUCAGCCUGAAGAGCAGCCUGAGAGUCCUGAAAGUACAGGCACUGGUACGGGCACGGGACCCGCUUCCCAGGGGAACGGCUAUCACCAAGAGCGAUAUGAGGACAACCUUGCUUAUCCUCCGGAGUACGAGGGGACGAACGGCUAUACCCAGCCUGAGUACUCCAGCGCACCGAUGUCGAAGGGCUACGCUCCCGAUCCCUAUCCGCAACACUCGCAUCCGCACUCGAUCCCCGUCAACCAGUCCUACGAACGGGCGGAACCGAGUACCUACACACCCCACACGCGUGGUCUUCCCCUGAACGAGUCGUACGAACGCGGACGGGAGCCCGCCCCCCUCCGCUCUAGGCUGCCGUCGAACGAGUCUUACGAGAGGGCAGACACGGCUUAUUCAUUUCAACGACGGGCAGCGUCGGGAGGGUACGACAGGUCCGAAAGCGCGAGUUAUUCGGAUGGACUAUCCCGUCCUGCUUCUGGCGGGCGGCAUCUGGGGCAGCCGCAGGCGAUGGUGGAGCACUAUCCCCCUAAAGGGAUGGACGCGCUCCUCGAGCCUGGACCUGGGCUGGGGUCGGGACCAGGCCGACAGGAUAGCAGCAGCAGUUUGUCGACCCCUGGCAGCGCUGAGAGCUUUGCUCCGCGAGUGGAGGAUGGAUCGGAGAGGCCGGAACAGCAGCAGGCGCAGAUAUGGUCGAAAGUUGUUGAUUGAGUGGGUCGAGGAAAGCACGAUGCGUGUCGGUUUUGGAGUCGUGGUCCUUCGUGGUCGGAUGCUGCCCGUAUACCCUUGGAAGAGGUUUGGAUGGAUGAGAGACGUGGAUGGAAGACGAAAUCGGUCGUCGUGUCGCUUUAUCGAGCUGUGUUUCGUGAGUGAUGAGGGAGGGAGGAAAGUAGAGGGUCGUAGUACUGUGUGGGGCAAGCAUUGGAUGCUGUAUUAUUUCUUUAUUUUUGUGUGACGCACACCGCUUAUCAGUUAUUAUGGGGAACUAGGGAAGAGAUGAAUGCAAUUCAGUUUGCAUACUAUGAUCUGAUGCGGGUUGAGCAAUUAGGAAAGAGAAUCUGCCUCGGGUGAUGCGACUUCACCACUUCUGCGCCGGUACGAUGCAGAUGUCUCAGAAACCGACCACAAAAGAGAAGCACCCAGCAUUCUCCCACAGCUCUAUUCUUGUUGGCCGUGCGUCAGCAAGACACAUAAUACGUGCUUGAACAUAGUUUUCGUGAAAAAUCCAGGUGUAA